AUGUCAACCACAAAUUCGCCCUCCAAAAUACUCGACCCACCGAGUACCACUCCGAGGAAACGUCAGAGCUUGCAGCACAUUAUGGAUAUAGAUCGGGUGCGGCCUGCACGCCGGCGGCCUGGUGUUUUAACGGAGAUUGAAAAUGACGGGGUGGGUAAGAAAGGGGAGAAGGGGAAGCCGGAUUUUGAAGUUGAUCGGGACAAAGGGUGGGGGAGGGGGUCGCCGACGAGUUUGGCUAGGUUCCAUGUCGGACUUGAAAAUGAGAAGUGGGUCGGGGGUGGGAUUCAAGAUGGGCCAGAAGAGGAGGAUGAAGAAGGGGAGACGACGGAUACGGUCCCUCAUCGAGCCCCCCCAAAACCUUCUAUUUCUGAAUUACUACUGGCGCAUUCACGCCCGAAGCCGGACGCGGUACCUCUACCUACGCCGCCACUAUCGCUGCUUAAUCGACGGCACCUGCAGCCAACGAGUGCGCCCGCUCUGGCUAUUGUCUCGGAGCCAGUGAUGCCAAAGCUUAAGGUCGAAUCUGGGCCGUCACCGCUACAGCAAAUGCGGUUAUUGCGCGCACAAUUUGAAGCUACAAGACCUGCACCCCCACCUCCCCCACCUCCUCCCGGCCCACCGCCUAAGCAGGCCUCCCGCCCAAGUGGUGUAUCAGCUCACCCCCGCGCAUCGAGGCCGCCCUCUUCAGCAUUCGCCCAGAAGUACACCUUUACACUACACCAUCUCCCUCAAUUAACCCACCACUCCAAAUCCGCAAUAAUCUCCGUUCAUCCACCAACACACAUCCACCUCCAGCUCCGCAAUUUACAAGAGCUUCGUGGUGGUGGGCAGUACUCUUAUACAAUACCAUCCAGCUCUCUACCCAUUACAGUCCGGAAUACAAUGACGUCUAAUCAGCAAACUUUUGAGAUUGAAGACUUACCACUGAAGCACCUUCAUGCUGUACGCUAUGCGAGGCACUUUGUCGAUGCACUGAAAAAACGCACGGUAGUUGCUAAGGUCGAAGUCCGCAGCGGAGGGGUCUGGACGGGGAGAAUGUUUGGUGACGGAAAAUUCGAGGUUAUUGACCCUACGGGAAAAAUCGCCGGUGGGGUGGUAGGUAGCAGGGUCAAAGGACCAAGAAGGGUGGUACGAAUGUACGAAGCUUGCCAAAAAAUACUCCAGGAUUCUGACGACCUUGGUCGUGGGGAGAAGAGCAAUAACGAAAAGUUGGAGAUGGGCGAAUUCCGCAUCGACGAGCGAACAGAUUUUGUUAAGGGUGUCGGAUGGUGUCGCAGGAAUGAGGAUGGGAAGGGGUGGAGAAUGAUGUUUUUGGAUGGUGUUAGGUUGGAGAUUGAGGGGGCUAGCGGGGAUGUACUAUGGAUUGAGGGCGACCAGAGGAAGGUGCUCAAGAGGGGGAUGGAGGUGGGGGACGUUAGGGAGAGGGUUAGGAUGUUUGUUGAGAAGGGAUUGUAAGGUUUGUGUUGGUU